AUGAAAGUGAAAGCUCCGGUUUCCUUCAAAUGCAAGAAGCUUCUCAACCCAUGCAGAAAAAUACUACAAAUCUUCAAAUUCAGAUUCAAAAAGCCCCUCUUUAUAAAAUCCCUUCAGUUUCGCCGAAGCCAGACCGAAGUCAGAAAGAGGCCUAAGAGAAAUCGAGUCCUUGCAUUACUAUCAGUUUUGCGUUCACGUAAAGAGUCGAGAAAGAUGGACCGAGCCAUGGAGCUCAAGAGCUUUUCAGAUGCAGGACAUCAGAAAGCGCCCUUCCCAUCGCCUCUCACGCCAGCUUAUGUAAGAAUGAGUGUAGCUGCUAAGAAGGAAGUUUCAGGUCAGGAUGAUGUGGAAGACGCGUGUAGGAGUUUCGAGAACUAUUUGGCGGAGAUGAUUGUGGAAGAGGGGAAAGUGAAGGAUUUGAUAGACGUAGAAGAGCUUCUCUAUUGCUGGAAGAACCUAAAGUGUCCUGUCUUCAUUGAUCUGGUAUGCAGAUUCUAUGGAGAGCUAUGCAAGGACCUGUUUUCCAGUAAUGAGCACUGCAUUGAAAGUCCCUAAUGCCCAUGUUAGAAUUGUUCUUGCCAAGCGCGCAUGUAUGUUUCUGUGCAACAAAUAAUGCAGGGAUAAUUUUUCUGGAAAUGUAAUUUUUCAUCUAUUUCAAAUCCAAUCAUAAUAUAAAAAGUAAAAAAGAAGAAAAAAAUAGCAUACCCACUAAAGAUUGCCAAAAGGGGUUACAAAUCAAUUUUGCAAGUUCUUCCAAGUUUGUGAUAGUAUUUUAUGUCAGUCAAAUGUCUUAGAGGUUCGAUGUAAAAAUGUAAAAUAAAAAAUAGUAAUAAUCUCUUAGAGGGACAUUGAAAUGUAGGAAAGCAACCAAUCUUGAUUAUGCUAUCACAUGUCAUGCUCAAGAAAUCAAGAUCAGGCAGCUUUUUCAUGAUCUUCUCAAGAUGAAGAGCAUUAUUUUAGUAUACCAUCAAAAAAAAUAUUAACGAAAAUUAAUGAUCUUAUCAAAGCGUAUAGCUGCAAUUUACAAUAAACUAGACUGUGAGAUCUUAUAAUAUGUUGUAAUCCUGUCAACAAG